AUUUCAUGGUUUCAUUCGGUUAUCGAGUGUUCCGCUACUAGUAAAUUAUACUGAACGAUGAAUACGUUUGAAACACUAGUAGCAAAUAGAGAAUCAUAUCCCAAGCUAAAGGUCCGCAAGAUUUACAUCAACGAGGAUCCCAAUUUGGAGGAAACAAUACCAUGUCCGAAAUGUUUGUCUCAGAAUCGUGAGAGUACCGUUCGCUACAUCUACGUUAAUUUGCAGGAGGCAAUCUUUAAAUGCGAAGCAGCAUGUUGUAUGUAUCCUUUUCGCAAUUUUAAGUUUAAGAACUACACCGAUCAGACGGUGUAUUACUAUAAAUCGCUAGCUGAGCAUACGUUGCCUACCCUGUCUGAUUUCGGUCCAACAUUCACGAAUGCAUCAUCGCCAAGAAAAAAUCUAAAUUCAACAUUCUUGACGGAUGGAGGUUCGUUGGAUGAUUUCAGUUUGGAUUUUUUCUCGCCAGAGAAAACGCACAACGAUUCGGCAAAAACGGCUGACAAAAAAGAAAUUAAUAUUUUUGAUAGUCCGACGCUUAGUUACCAAAAUUUGGUGAAGGAUUUCGAUACGGGUUUCAUCGACGAUAUUCUACUGGACCUUGGUGAAACAUCCCCGGCAACGAAGACGAUAUCCACAAGUGCGGUAUCAACGGUUUCUAGUAAAGAAAUAACCCAUACUGGUCGUCAACUGAAGCGAUGCUUGCAAAUGUUCCAAAGGAGCGGAACCAAUAACACUGACGGUGUUUUCAAAAUUCCGAAACUCCCCGGCACUGAUGCGACUCCUCCGCCGAAAGCGAAAUUGAAAAAUCUGUCGUCUCAUAAGAGAGUGAAACAGUCGCGGCGAAGCAACCAUGACAGUGUACAAAAAGUAGGUCAAAUAAAACCGCUGCAAACCAAUCAUACGCUUAGGAAGUCGGGUUCUACCAAUUUGUCCGGGAUAAAACGUAACGGCAAUCAGAAGGUAGAGCGAAUGCUCGAUUUCAUCGAACGCAGUAUGAAAAACAGAAAACCGGAAGCAGAAAUGCACGUACAGGUUGAUGAAUCGUUUGAUGCGUUCAACUCAGAGCAUAGAACCCAUCGCAGGCGCAAAGAAUCGAAAAAACUUUCGCUUUCGGCAGCGGUUUUACAGGACACAGAAUUCGAGUACAGUGCUUCGGAUCAGGAUCAGGAAAGAGAUGAGUCGACAACCGAAAGUGAUCCCAUGGAGACGGAUGUGAGCGACCAUUCGGACUACGAAUCUGAAAUAGGUUUGUCACCGCUUCCAUUGGAAAAGCCGCAACCUGAGCCGGAGGGUACAGUAGUUAGUGAUUCACAUAGAGUUAAAUCCCCAAGUCACGUGCAGCAAUGGGAGAAAACACCGCCUAGGCCGUCGCAUUGUAUGGAGUCCAUUAGCUCCUUGCUCGAAUAAACCAAAUUUGAAAAUUGAAAUAAUGAGGCUCUUUAUACAGUAGAAAAGCAAGAAAUUGAACUGGGUA